AUGGCUGAAGAAAACGGUGAAUCAUGCAAAUUUGAGGAUGACGAAGGAUAUCCAUACUUAGAAGUUAGCCGAGAAGAGAAGUCAACAAAUGCUGCAAGACCAUUCGAUUCAAAAAAAAAUUGCUGGAUUCCCGAUACUGAGGAUGGCUUUGUUGCCGCUGAAAUAAAAUCAACAGCUGGCGACAAUGUAACGGUGUUCACUGUGAAGGGCAAUGAAAUUACAGUGAAAAAGGAAGAAGUUCAGGAAAUGAAUCCGCCUAAAUUCAGUAAAACUGAAGAUAUGGCGAAUUUGACAUUUUUGAAUGAAGCUUCUGUCCUUAAUAACUUGAAAGAACGAUACUAUUCCAUGAUGAUUUAUACAUAUUCUGGCCUAUUCUGUGUGGUAAUUAAUCCAUACAAGCGAUUACCGAUCUACACUCCAUCCAUCAUUCGACAUUACAUGGGUAAAAGACGAAACGAAGUACCACCACAUUUAUUCGCUGUAUCCGAUGAAGCAUAUCGGAAUAUUCUUAUUGAUCAUGAGAAUCAAUCAAUGUUGAUUACUGGUGAAUCUGGCGCUGGUAAAACUGAGAACACAAAGAAAGUUAUUGCUUACUUUGCUAUUGUGGGUGCCACGCAACAGAAGAAGGAAGAAGGCAAAAAGGGAGGGACUUUAGAAGAACAAAUUGUGCAAACAAAUCCAGUAUUGGAAGCUUUCGGUAAUGCAAAAACAGUUCGAAAUAACAAUUCCUCACGAUUUGGUAAAUUCAUCCGAACUCACUUCACCAAAGAUGGGAAACUAUCUGGUGGUGAUAUUGAGCACUAUCUUUUUGAAAAGUCACGUGUUGUGCGGCAAGCUCCUGGUGAACGUAGUUAUCACAUUUAUUACCAGCUCAUGUCAGGUUUUCAUCCAAAAAUAAGAGAAGAACUACAUUUGACAAAUGAACUCAAAUAUUAUCACUUCUGUUCCCAAGCAGAACUAACCAUCGAAGGUGUGGAUGACAGGGAAGAAAUGAAAAUCACACAGGAAGCAUUUGAUAUUAUGGGCUUCGAGGAUCAUGAAACUCACGAUCUGUACGGUAAUGUGGCUGGUAUCAUGCAUAUGGGUGAAAUGAAAUUUAAGCAACGACCACGUGAAGAGCAAGCAGAACCAGAUGGAGAAGAAGAUGCAAAGAAUGCCGGCUUUUGCUUCGGCGUUGAUCACGAGGAAUUCCUAAAAGCUUUAACAAAACCACGUGUUCGUGUUGGCGCAGAAUGGGUUAAUAAAGGUCAGAACUUGGAACAGGUGCAUUGGGCAGUAGAUGGUCUCGGAAAAGCUAUCUAUGCGAGAAUGUUCAGAUGGCUCAUCGAUAGGUGUAAUAAAACACUUGACCAAAACAAAGAAAGUCGAAAAUAUUUUAUCGGCGUUCUGGACAUUGCUGGUUUUGAAAUUUUCGACCUUAAUUCAUUCGAACAAUUAUGGAUUAAUUUUGUAAACGAACGAUUGCAACAAUUCUUCAAUCAUCAUAUGUUCGUUCUUGAACAAGAAGAAUACAAACGUGAAGGAAUUGCAUGGACUUUUAUUGAUUUCGGCCUUGAUUUACAAGCCUGUAUCGAACUGAUUGAGAAACCUUUGGGUAUCAUUUCGAUGUUGGAUGAGGAGUGCAUUGUACCAAAGGCGACUGAUAUGACAUUUGUGCAGAAGUUGAAUGACCAACAUCUCGGUAAACAUCCCAACUUCCAGAAACCCCGACCACCAAAGGGAAAACAAGCUGAAGCUCAUUUUGCCGUCGUUCAUUAUGCUGGCACCGUGCGAUAUAAUGCCUCAAACUUCUUGGAGAAGAAUAAAGAUCCGUUGAACGAUUCGGCUGUUGCCGUUCUGAAGCACUGCAAAGGCAAUCAGUUAUUACUGGACAUUUGGGCUGACUAUCAAACUCAGGAAGAAGCAGCAGAAGCCGCUAAAGCUGGCAUUGAAGGUGGACGUAAGAAAGGUAAGUCAGCGUCAUUUAUGACUGUCUCAAUGAUAUAUCGCGAAUCAUUGAACAAUUUAAUGAAUAUGCUAUAUCAAACACAUCCACACUUCAUCCGUUGUAUCAUACCAAACGAGAAGAAAGCUAGCGGGGUUAUCGAUUCUGCAUUAGUGCUAAAUCAGUUAACGUGUAACGGUGUGCUAGAGGGUAUUCGAAUUUGUCGUAAAGGUUUCCCGAACAGGAUGGUCUAUUCCGACUUCAAACAUCGUUACGCUAUCCUUGCUGCUGACGCAGCAAAAAAUGACGAUGAAAAGGUGGCAUCAACGGCUAUCACUGAUUUUCUGUGUAAUACCGGCAAAUUAAGCGAUGAGGAAUUCAAAAUGGGUUCAACGAAGGUCUUCUUUAAAGCUGGUAUUUUGGCUCGUCUCGAGGAUUUACGUGAUGAAGCGUUACGUAUCGUAACAACGAACUUACAGGCACAAAUUCGAAGUUUCCUAGGUUUAACUGAUAGAAAACGUCGUGUACAGCAGAAAUCAGGUCUGCUAAUGAUCCAACGUAACAUUCGUGUAUGGUGCAUGCUGCGCACUUGGGAUUGGUUUAAAUUGUACGGUCGUGUAAAGCCAAUGUUGAAGGCUGGUAAAGAAGUGGAAGAAAUGGAAAAAUUAAACGUUAAAAUUAAGGCUUUGGAGGAAUCAUUGUCGAAGGAAGAAGGAAAUCGACGAGAAUUAGAAUCACAGAUUACCAAUUUAACCAACGAGAAAGAUCAGUUAUUUGCAAAUUUGGAAAAAGAAAAGACUCAUACAGCUGAAGCUGAGGAACGAGUUCAGAAGCUAAAUGCAAUGAAAGCGGAUAUGGAACGACAGUUACAAGAUCUGAACGAUCGUGUUGCAGAAUUAGACGAUCGAAAUGAAAAUUUAAAUCGUGCUAAAAAGAAGAGUGAACAAGAAGAGCUUGAAAUGGCAUUACGAAAAGCUGAAAGUGAAAAGCAAUCUCGAGAGCAGAACAUUCGAACACUGCAAGGAGAAAUGGCCAGUCAAGAUGAAGCCGUUGCUCGUGUCAACAAAGAAAAGAAACAGCAGGAAGAGGUGAACAGAAAACUAAUGGAGGACUUGCAAGCUGAAGAAGAUAAAGUUAAUCACAUGCAAAGAAUUAAGACAAAAAUCGAACAACAGCUAGAUGAUGUGGAAGAAAAACUAGAACGUGAGAAGCGUACACGCCUGGAUUUAGAAAAAGCUAAAAGAAAAGUGGAAGGUGAAUUGAAAGUAGCGCAAGAGAAUAUGGAUGAAAUUACCACACAAAAACAUGACAUUGAACAGAUUCUAAAAAGGAAGGAUGCAGACUUGGUAGCUACAAUGAAUAAAUUAGAUGGAGAACAAUCGAUGGUCAACAAGUUGCAAAAACAAAUUAAGGAUUUGGAAGGCCGUAUUGCUGAACUUGAAGAAGAUUUGGAGCAAGAACGUCAAUCACGUGGUAAAUUAGAUCGUGCAAAAGGAGAUUUACAACGUGAAUUGGAUGAAAUAACACAGCGUCUAGAUGAGCAAGGUGGUGCUACUGCGGCGCAAAUUGAACUAAAUAAAAGACGUGAAGCCGAAAUGGCCAAAUUGAAAAGGGAUUUGGAAGAAAACAAUAUGAAUCAUGAAUUGCAAAUCUCGACAUUGCGCAAAAAGCACAAUGACGCCGUUUCGGAGCUCAGUGAUCAAUUAGAGCAGAUGCAGAAGAUGAAAGCUAAAUUAGAUAAAGACAAAGCACAGAUGCUUCGAGAUCUGGAAGAAGCAAACUCAAAUGCUGAUGCUGAAAGUAGGCAGAAACAGGAAUUCGAGAAACAUUCCAAACUAUUGGAAAUGCAAUUAUCAGAGCUUCAAACAAAAGCUGAUGAGCAGACUCGUCUAAUUAAUGAUUUCACGGCGUUAAAGAACAGGCUAUCGAAUGAGAAUGGUGAUUUAUCCCGACAAUUAGAAGAUCUCGAGAAUCAGGUGAAUGGACUUCAUCGACUGAAAGGGCAGCUUUUAAGUCAAUUAGAGGAAGCGAAACGCAUAGCUGAGGAGGAAUCAAGAGAACGACAAAAUCUAACGGCACAAUUGAAAAAUUUGGAGCAUCAAAAUGAUAAUCUUCGCAUUCAUGCUGAUGAAGAAUCUGAGGGUAAAGCGGAAUGCCUGCGUCAAAUGAGCAAAUUGAACGCUGAAAUCCAACAAUGGAAAGCACGAUUUGAGGGUGAAGGAUUGGCAAAGAUGGAAGAAAUUGAAGAGGCUAAGCGUAAACUUAUGGAAAAAGUGCAAGAUCUUACGGAUGUAAAUGAAGCAGCAAAUGCGAAAAUUAUGUCUUUGGAAAAGACGAGGCAUAAAUUGAUGGGCGAUUUGGAUGAUGCUCAGGUUGAUGUUGAACGUACAGCGGCAUAUGCAGGAGCUUUAGAAAAAAAACAACGAGCAUUUGAUCGUAUAGUCGAAGAAUGGAAAAAGAAAUGUGAUGAUUUAUCAGCUGAAUUAGAGAGUGCACAACGUGACAACCGCAAUCUCUCUACUGAAUUAUUCAAAGCCAAGAGUGCCCAAGAUGAAUUGCUUGAACAAAUAGAAAGCUUGCGCCGCGAAAACAAAUCGUUAUCAUUAGAAAUCAAAGAUCUAACUGAUCAACUUACCGAAGGUGGACGUUCAGUUCACGAACUGCAAAAAAUGAUGCGCCGUCUCGAAGUUGAAAAGGAUGAAUUGCAGAAAGCUUUGGAUGAUGCUGAAUCUGCACUAGAAGCUGAAGAAGCUAAAGUUUUACGAGCACAAGUCGAAGUGUCACAAGUACGUGCUGAGAUUGAGAAGAGAAUUCAAGAGAAGGAAGAAGAAUUCGAGAAUACCCGUAAGAAUCAUCAGCGAGCUCUUGAAAGCAUGCAAGCAACACUUGAAGCGGAAAUGAAGGCUAAGCAAGAGGCAUUGCGCAUUAAAAAGAAACUUGAACAAGAUAUCAAUGAACUUGAAGUAGCUCUUGAUCAUGCUAAUAAGGCAAAUGCAGAUGCGCAGAAAACAAUUAGACGGUAUCAGGAACAGAUUCGAGAAUUGCAAAUGCAAGUUGAAGAUGAGCAAAGACAAAAAGAUGAUCUUGCAGAACAAUUAUCUAAUGCACAGAAGAGGGCAGCUAUUCUGCAAGCCGAAAAAGACGAACUUGCUAAUCAAGCCGAAAUGGCUGAACGUGCUCGUCGAUCAGCUGAACAGGAUGCUAUUGAAUUACGUGAAACAGUGAAUGAUUUGACCAAUCAGGUUAAUGCAAUUAACAAUACGAAGAGAAAAUUGGAGGCUGAGUUACAGAAUGUCCACCUAGAAUUAGAUGACGUAACGUCUCAGCUUAAAAAUACCGACGAAAUGCUAAAGCAAGCAUCCGCAGAUGCAGCACGACUUGCAGAAGAGCUACGUCAAGAACAGGAGCAUUCGGUGCAUGUGGAAAGAAUGCGUCGUGCACUCGAAGUACAAAUCAAAGAGAUGCAGGCGCGCUUGGAUGAAGCGGAACAAGCAGCGUUGCGCAGCGGGCAAAAAAUUAUUGCCAAAUUGGAGAUGCGUAUUCGAGAAUUGGAGCAGGAGUUAGAUGGUGAACAAAGACGAAGCUCAGAUUAUGAGAAAGAGUUGAAAAAGGAUGAUAGACGUAUCAAAGAACUUCAAUUCCAAUGCGAAGAAGACAGGAAAAACAAUGAUCGGCUAACGGAACUAGUGGAUAAACUGCAAAUCAAAAUAAAAAUUUAUAAACGGCAGGUUGAAGAAGCGGAAGAAGUAGCUGCAGUUAAUCUAGGCAAAUAUCGCCAAUUGCAAACACAACUUGAUGAUGCUAACGAACGAGCGGAUAUCGCGGAAAAUUCUUUAGCAAAGCUUCGCUCAAAGAAUCGAGCUUCAACGAUUGCUCCAUUAGCACUUAGUGCUAGUGCUAGCUUUAUACGAGUACCGUCUCAGUCAGAUUUCGCAGAGUGA